AUGCUAGAGAUUGUCUCAGGUGCACACAUCGCGCACGGCAAGCACAAGGGCCUAUUGAUCACAGAUGUAGCCACCUUGGUGCAAAGUGGUCACGUUGAAUGGGAUGCCCUGGAAAUGCGGCUUGAUGUGGUAUGGUGGCAUGGUCACUACAGGUCUUUGAAUAAUCGGCACCUUGCUGCCCUCAAGCUGUCAGGAGUUGAGAGAUGUUGUGUAAGACUUUGGCCACUGACGCCGGGCCUGAACCUUGUGGGCUCCCCAAACUCGUGCGUGGUUCGAAAAUUUAUCAAGUCACAAAGUUCGAGUGUUGGGGGCCGGACAAUCCGCCUUGUUGAUCGUGCCCUCUGCCCUGGUUCCCCUGCGGCUUCGUGCCCAGAGGUGCCACAAGAAAAUGAGAUCGAUCGGCAAGAACACCAGUACCUAACGUUGAAUUCGGCUUCAUAUUCUUCAGUCAUGUCUCGAGAAGAUUGCUGGAUCAACGAGACCUACUUCUUGACACCCAGUGGGGUGCUCCAACCAGUUGAAGCAAUCAGAGCAGGGGAUCAGGUGUGCGCAGCCAAUGGACAGGUUCUGCAGAUCAAAAAAGCCGAACGCCUCCCGAGGGAAAACCGCAAUCUGGUCCACAUGAAGACAGAGUAUGCAGAGCUGGUUGUCACAUCCAACCACAAGGCCAGGCUGGUGACUCAUGUGUGCCAUGUUGUCUGGGUGUCAUACCAGGUGAAUUACAUCUACUGUAAGAUAAUCGGUUUUGUGCGCAUCACUGUCAGCUCUCUGCCGUUAUCCAUCCAGCUUCCAUCAGUUUGGAAGUUCGCUCAUGCUCCACCUAGCUUCGUUUGCAAUGUCAUGGCCGAGAGAGGAAGGCAGAUUCAGCCAGUCAUGGCGGAUAAGCUGAGCGAAGGACAUCGAGUGCUGAUUUCUGGCUCGAGGCCGCAAGAGUUAACACAUGUACGACACUUCAAUGACGAGGUGGAGUGCUACCGAUUGGAAUUGGAUCCAGAUUUGCCAAUCGAGUCCUUUCACAAGCUCAAAGGCAUUCUCACAAAGGGCCAGGGCCAGCAGCCUCACAGGCGUGCUCAGCGCACGAAACAGUCGACUGGUUUGCCACUGGAGCGCCUCCCAGAAGAUCAAGAAACCCCGCUGGACUGA